GGCACCGCAGACAGGAGCGCUUCAACGCGACACGAGACACAAGUAGACGGACAAAACCUCUCGAGGUGCAUUGCUGAAGCAGGAAUGGGAUGAGGUUAUAAGAAUGCCACUCGGAGAAUUCGCAGGGCAGAUAUUUCACAGAGACGCAAAAGUGAGGUGCGAGUCAGGUUUGCGUAUCGCUACUGAAGUGCCAGGGGACUGGAGAGAGAGGCAGUAGGUAGGGGGACUGGACGCUCGAAACACCUGCUUGGUAACAGGCAGCCUACCUCAAAGACUGAUAAGGAUGAGAUUAUUUAUUUUUCAUGAAUUGUGAACAGAAUAAAGGAUGAAAACUCUGGAAAGGAAAAUAGUUUAAGUGUCAAAUUAUUAGGGGAAGUAAUUGACUAGAAAGAUAAUUUAAAGAUACAGUAGUGAGUAGAGAAAAUGUAUUAACUUUUAAGUUAAUUUAAAGGGUCAACAUGGGUUUUACAGAAGAAAGGAGUUCCUGUCCUUUCAGUAUGGAUUCUGAUCCAUAAUGGCCAACCUUGCUCUAUAGAAACAUUAUAACUCCUUUACAACCCAUGAUCUAGAAUGGAUCACCACCAAGAUUUGACCACCAUCAUUCAAAUGCUAUCAGGUGCCUGAAGCGGUGCUUGCUCAGUGGGCACAGUAGGUCACUGAUACCAGGGACCCAGACCUCUCCCCAAUGAAGGUGUCCUCCUGGUGGGUAAGCCUGGCAUGGCUUGGCCUGCUCGUCAUCUUCACAUGGAGCUCCCUGGUCCAGGGGUGCGGACCAGGCCCUGGGUACGGCUUCCGCCCUAGGUCCAGGAAACCCACCCCCAUGCCUUACAAGACCUACUUCCCCAAACUUUCUGAGAACAACCUGGGUGCCAGUGGGAGGGCAGAGGGCAAGAUCACACGCAACUCAGAACGCUUUAAUGAACUGGUGUGUAACUACAACCCUGAUAUUAUCUUCAAAGAUGAGGAGAAAACUCUUGCUGACCGCUUCAUGACCAAGCGCUGUAAGGACUGCCUCAACAAGCUGGCCAUAGCAGUGAUGAACCACUGGCCUGGGACGAAGCUGAGGGUGACAGAGGCCUGGGAUGAGGACGGUCAUCACCCCCCUGACUCUCUACACUAUGAGGGGAGGGCCGUGGACAUCACAACGUCGGACCGCGUCCUAGACAAGUACGGCAUGCUAGCGCAGCUGGCUGUGGAGGCUGGCUUCGACUUUGUGUACUAUGAGUCCAAGCACCAUGUGCACUGCUCCGUCAAAGCUGAUCACUCAGUGGCAGUGGAGAAAGGGGGCUGUUUCCCCGGCUGGGCCCGGGUGACUGUAGCCGGAGGCGGACAGAAGACCCUGGCGUCCCUGGAGCCUGGAGACAGAGUGUUGGCCCUGUCUGAGUCAGGACACAUCGUCCUCAGCCGUGUUCUUCUUUUUUUACACCAGAACCAUGACAGCAAGUCCACUUUCCUUGUCCUGACCACACAAGAUGGCCACCGCCUUGCCCUCACUCCCCACCACCUGGUCUUCCUGGCCCCCCACUACAAACUCCACCACAGUGAGUACCAGGCUCAGUUCGCCAGUAGAGCCAAACAGGGAGACAAUGUACUCAUCCGUGGAGAAGACGGUCGACUACAACCAUCCCGGAUCAUCUCAGUAUCACAGGAGGAAGGGAGGGGAGUAUACGCACCCCUAACUGAACACGGCACUCUGUUUGUGGAUGGGGUGCUGGCAUCCAGCUAUGCACUUGUAGACGACCAUAGACUGGCACACUGGGCGUUUGGGCCUCUGAGACUGCUGCUCUCAGUAACCCAGCUGGUUCAGGGGGAGGGCACACAGGGGGCGCAGGUCACAGAAGCAGAGAGAGAGCACACGAAUACGCCCACUCACUAUAACACUCAUCAAAAGAGCCUGAGAGUUUGGGGGAAUCAGAAACUCAGAAGCCCGGGCGUGUAUGUGAAUACAAACACUUCCGACAGACAAAGCAAUUGGACUGCUGUACCCAUUAACAGAGACAUUGAGGGGGGGAACUGUGACUCUGUGCGAGAUAAAGUUUUGAGUGUGCACUGGUAUGCUAGACUGCUACACAGGCUUGGACAGAUAUUUCUAGACCCGGAGACAUUUCAUCCCUAAUAUAAAAAGCACUAUAGGUUCAACUCUGGUACCUGUAUACUACUGAUAAUUGCUACUGUACUGUACUGUUACAUUUCCACUGUGUCCUACUGAUAAUUCCUACUUAGAUACAUUUCCACUAACGCUCAUAUUCUUUUGCCACAUCUUUUACUGCUGCAACCCAAUUUUAAACCUUAUGCACUGAAAGGGUGUAUUUGCAUCUUACUCACCGGUAUUUGCAUUGUAAUGUAUUUAUAUAUUCACAUUGUACCUCCUCUUUUACAUUCAUUAAAUGUGUUAACGGUUGGUUGGUUAUGGUGAAUGUAGAAUCGGCUUGUCUUCAAAGGUAAUGCUUAAAAUGUGUCAUAAAAUGUUUUUAUACAAGUUCAUUCCUGAGAGAAAUGAACUCGCCAUAAUAACUACUGUAUCAGCAUAACAUUUGUAUGUAUUGUCAAGAAUCCAUUGUAUAUGUAUCUUAUUAAGAUAACAUCUAUAAGCCAACAGACAAUGUGUUUUCCUAUAUGCUUUAUUAUUCUAAAACAAUGAGGAAAUAUGAGUAUGUACCAGAAACAAUAAAAGCUUUAUUUUUGUACUUUCUGAAUCAUAAUAUAUAAAUGUAGCAAUUUAUAAAAAACAAAAAUAUAAAACACAACAUGUAAAAGUGUUGGUCCCAUGUUUCAUGAGCUGAAAUAAAAGA